CGCCACGGUAAGAGGCCUCAAAAUCGUAACUUUCUUCUAGAAUAAAUUUGUUGUAAAAAGGAAAAAUCAUUACUGUUUUUAUUUUUCCUAAAGAAAGAAAGGACAAAUCUUGCUGAUGGUAUAACUGAUCAUACUAGUUAAUCAUUGUUGUAGUUGUAAAACUGGUGAAUAAACCAUGUUUUGGUGACCUCUUUUAUGAAAGUUAAUAUCUUCAAUGUUGUGAUCCUAUUCAUUUUUAAAAGAAAUCUCUCAUAAUAAUCCUAAAAUCAGUUCUUCCAAAUCCUUAUCCACUAAUAAAACAAAUUCAAGAUCAACAAAACAAAAUAGAGCUGCUAUUCACUAAUGGCGAUAUUUAUUGAUAUAUUGAUCGCCAUUUGGUUUCUAGCUUGCAAUUGGUGUGAAAUUAUAGAUUGAACAACAUGACAUAACAGUGACCGUUUUGUCGAUAUGCAGAGAUCAUUGAAGAUCCUAUUCAUUUUUGUGCUGCCAUGUUUUGCUGCUGAAAGCAUAUACAAGAUUUGGUGGUACAGUUCAGGUGGAACCCAAAUCCCCUUCUUAGGUAAUGUCAUUGUGAGUGACACUGUCGCGUGCAUUCUGGAGCUGAGCUCCUGGCUUUAUAGGACGACCGUGUUCUUCCUAGUGUGUGUCCUUUUCCGCUUGAUCUGUUACCUUCAGAUUCUCCGAUUACAAGAUUUUGCUCAGGUCUUCCAUGUGGAUUCUGAUGUUGAGUCAGUGUUGAGAGAGCACCUCAGAAUCAGGAGGCACUUAAGGAUCAUUAGCCAUAGGUAUCGUAGGUUUAUCGUGUUGGCAUUGGUAUUCAUCACAGCAAGUCAAUUUGCCUCCCUUUUCAUGAGCACAAGAUCAAGUUCUGAUCUUCAUAUCUACAAGAGUGGUGAACUUGCGCUGUGUUCUGUCAGCCUUCUUGCUGGGCUUUUGAUACUGUUGAGAAGUGCAGUGAGGAUUACUCAUAAAGCACAAGCUGUUACAUGCUUAGCAGCUAAGUGGCAUGUGUGCGCAACAAUAGACUCUUUCGAUUCAGUUGAGGGUGAAACUCCUCCAAUUUCUCAAAUAGUCAGCAACCAAGUUUUCCCUGUGAGUUCUCAAGGAUCAUCUGAUGCUGACGAUGUCGGAGAUGAAGAAGAUGAGCUUGACAAUACACAAUUUGUCCCCUCUUAUGCCUAUAGCACUAUUUCAUUCCAGAAAAGGCAGGCACUAGUGACAUAUUUUGAGAACAAUAGAGCAGGAGUUACUCUAUAUGGCUUUAUGCUGGACAGAAGUUAUCUUCACACCAUUUUUGGUAUAGAACUCGCGCUGGUGCUCUGGUUGCUUGGGAAAACUAUUGGCAUUUCUUGAAUCAUUGGGUACAGAAUUGAAAGGGAGUUUUGUUAUUUACUUGUGCUAUUGUCUAAAGUAUAACAUGUGGAAUGUAGAAUUGUUUUAGAGUGUAACAUAUCCGUUGAGAGCGAGCAUGUAUAGAGUUAUUUGUUUAUUCAAUUUUGUAUGGUAAUCGUAUUUAUUUCCUUGUCUUAUUGGCGAUCUGGAUCAGAUAAUGUUGCUCUUGUACUGGAUCUAUAAGGUGAAAGAUUGAUGUAAUUUCCAUGUUUUUUUUCA